GGUUGGUUGUGGUGGCGGGCGGGCGGCGGCGCUGCUCCCGCGUCACAGCGCCGGGCGCGGCGGGGAGAUGCGGCUCCUGGCGCUGGCGGCGGCCGUGCUGCUGGCGCGGGCUCCGGCCCCGGAGGUCUGUGGGGCCCUCAAUGUCACCGUGUCCCCGGGGCCUGUGGUUGACUACCUGGAGGGGGAAAAUGCUACUCUUCUCUGCCACGUCUCCCAGAAGAGGCGGAAGGACAGCUUGCUGGCCGUGCGCUGGUUCUUCGCGCGCCCGGACUCCCAGGAGGCCCUGAUGGUUAAGAUGACCAAGCUCCGGGUGGUGCAGUACUAUGGGAAUUUCAGCCGCAGCGCCUACCGUCAGAGGCUGCGCCUCCUUGAGGAGCGGCGCGGGGUGCUCUACACCCUCUCUGUCUUGACCCUCCGGCCAGCCGAUCAAGGGCAUUAUGUCUGCAAAGUCCAGGAAAUCAGCAAGCACAGGAAUAAGUGGACAGCUUGGUCCAACGGCUCCUCGGCGACAGAAAUGAGAGUGAUUUCCCUGAAAGCGUCUGAAGAUUCAUCGUUUGAGAAAAAGAAAGAGACCUGGGCAUUUUUUGAAGACCUCUACGUGUACGCUGUGCUCGUGUGCUGUGUGGGGAUUCUCAGCGUUCUGCUCUUCACUCUGACCAUCAUCUGGCAGUCUGUGUUUAGCAAGAGGAAAUCCAGAGUGAGACACUAUUUGGUGAAAUGCCCUCAGAACAGCUCAGGGGAGACUGUCACCAGCGUGACCAGCUUGGUCCCACUGCAGCCCAAGAAGGGCAAGAGGCGGAAGGAAAAAGCUGACGUUCCUCCCGCAGUCCCUGCCAAAGCUCCCAUCGCUGCCCCGUUCCAUAAACCGAAGCUGCUGAAGCCACAAAGGAAAGUUGCCCUGGAGGGACGUGAUUUCGGAAUUGACUACCUUGGAGCUGUGUUCCUCCAACUUGCUGCGUCACAGAUUCCCUUGGAUCAUGUUGCAGUCUCCCACUCAGUGUGGACAGGCAGUGUACGAGGCGCUAUGGGGACAGGAGCCUUGGAGCCCCCUGACAAAGAACAUAAUGCUGGUGGUGAUGAUGGUGAUUGUGAUGGCGAUGAUGAUGGUGGUGGUGAUGAUGGUGAUGACGGUGAUGAUGGUGAUGAUGACGGUGAUGAUGGUGAUGAUGAAGGUGAUGAUGGUGAUGAUGAAGGUGAUGAUGGUGAUGACGGUGAUGAUGGUGAUGAUGAAGCCAAAGAUUGCCGAAGAGAGCUUGACCUAUGCUGAGCUGGAGCUGAUCAAGCCCCACCAGGCUGCCAAAGGCAUUCCCACCAGCACCGUCUAUGCCCAGAUCCUCUUUGAGGAGAACAAACUGUAACUCUGCAUCGUAUUUAAUAUCCGCCACCCCAGUUAUUUAUGAAACCUUGGAUACAAAGUCCUUAUUUUUGUAUUUUCACUUGUGCCUUCUGCAUGGUGGGAGCCCCAUUCCAACGGCAUCCCAGGUGCCUUCGGAGAGGUACAAGGCUCCUCUCUGCAAAAGAGCAGGGGCUGCAGCCCUUGGACAAAUCUCCCAGAACAAGAUUUUCUGGGUCUGAGUCCUGAGCGGUGAGGGCUCUUGAUUCUGAGACCAUCCAAGGAGAUUUUCUGCUGAGCCAAACCCCUUCAUGUUUCUUCUUGUUUCUCUGGGUUUUAUAAUUUUUAAUCUGAAUUUUAAUCUUGUACCCUUCCUGUAUCUGUGAUAUCAAGCUCAUAGUAUAUAGCUAGAGGAAAUGCCAUUAUAGGCCCAAGUGUGAGAUGGUAGAUAUGUACUAAUUGGUUUUCAAAGGAUCAGAUAACAUUGCCAGGGCACCCAGAGCGGUGUAAAGUGCUUAUUGCAAGCGGUCACUCAAGAUAGCAUCUCUUGUUUUAAAUAGAUGCACUGACUCUGGUGAUUCAAGGGCAGAGAGACAGACUGUGAGGCAGUCUGACAUCUAAGCUGACAGUGAACUAUCUGGAUACCCCAGUGCCCGUUUCUCUACCCACUAUCACCCACGGCCACUGGACAAGUAGAACAUCUUUCAUUCUGAAGGGCUUCCACCCCUUUGGCAGGGGGGCUUAUCCUGGUAUAGAGACUUAUAUUCUCCAAGAAGUUCUCACUCACCCUUUUCCAAAGGAGCCGGGGGUUUGCCAUCGAUUGACAGAUGGAAGAAGGGGACCUCUUGGAAGUGUGCCGAGGUUACCAACUCUAAUUGAAUGUCCACUCGUGUGAGAGCAUAGUCUUUUGCCUGGUUCCCCAAUGGUAGGAGAGUAGGAAGUAUAAGCAGGGCUGGAAAAUUGUGUCCUGAACACGCUUCUGUUAUAAAGUGCCUUGCCCGACUCAGCUUUGCAUGUGAAUUCUAAUUAGCUUGGCUGGGAGGCAGUGAUGUGUACGGCAAAUAGAUCCAUGGAGAAGUGGCUCUGUGGGCCUAUAUGACAUCCAGGAUCUCACUGAAGGCGGAUCCGUUCUGGUACAGAGUCAUCCUAUCAGCUGUGUUGUUAAGGACACACUUCUUGAUGUGUGAGUGUGGUCUGGGUGGAUUUUUAGUGCACACUACAGAAGUUGUUUGGCUUUGUAAUGGACCGUGUAUAUAUGGUAAAUUAUAUAUUUUAAACACAA